AUGGUAUCAAAUGUAUACGUGCAAAUGUCUGCGGGCGUUCAGACCAUUUCAGAAGGUGAAGGUGGGAUUCCCGCACGUAGACAGUAUAUCAGAUGGGUUCCAGUGUGUGGUUCUCAGAAACUUGAUCGGCCAGGCGCAACGAUCGGGUUCACAAGAGUUCUAGUUGCCAUUGAGGACCCGGAAAAUCACUUGGUCAAUGUGGGGAAGGAGGAUGGGUUCCGUCAGACCUCUCAGCUGGGUACACCCGAUGCUGAGGACAAAUUCGAAAAGUGA